CGGAAAUAUAUACCCUCCAAAUUAAACAUAUGAUCUCAUUUAAUGUUGAAAGGACACUUAUUAUAGCAAACAGGCUGAUAUAUGAUUCUUCUUAUGUCUCUUUUGAAACAUUUUCAUUUGCACAUUUUCAAGAAAACAAUCAAAAACCCAUAAGCUAGAAGGAAAGGGAAGGGAAGGGAAGCAUUGAUCGAUCAACUAACUCAGAUCGAUCAGCAUAUUAAGUGUCGCGCUCUAUUUUCAGUUUUAUCAAGUUUCAAAUGAGGAACAACAGCAGGUUAGAUGAAGCUAACAAGCCUAAAAAUGAUCAGCAGAUUGCAAUGAUAUCAUCAGUUAAAGAGAUUCAACGUGUGACUGACGCCAACCAACUGAGGUUGCAACAUUUAGAACUAGCAGUUGCAAACUUAACUAGCAUAUGCAGCAUAAUUAGGAAUGAUAUGUACUCCUUGAGUUCUUCAUCCAAUUACGACUCCUAUAGAAGAGUUCAAGCAGAAGCCAUAGAGAUGAAACGACGAACCUCCUCUACGCGAAUGCGAUCAAGCUCACCGUGCUUGAACUUGAAGGAUGAUGUGUUGGGAGUUCAGAUGAAACAACUAGUUAAACAAGCUGCUGCUCUUGGCAUUCUUAAGGACUCUAGGACCAGUUCCCUUAUACUUACAGGGGAUAUGAAGGCAAAUUCAAAGACACCCACAAGCACAAAACCAGCAUUAAAGAAAUUGCAAGCAACAACAAAAACAGCACCAAUGAAAGUACAAGCAACAACAAAAACAGCACCAAAGAAAGUGCAAGCAACAAAAAAACAGAAAAGUUCAACGAAACUGCUGGUCGAAAGCAUGGAUUCAACCACAGAGAAGAAAAUGUCAAUGAAAGUGGCAACAGGCAAGAACCACAACAUGGGAGCAUCUCAACUAUCAAAAGCGAAGCGUCCACCAGAAAAGAAUGCAGACAAUAAGGCGACUGCAACAACGAAAGUUUCGCUGGAAUCGACUGUUAGAAACACGAAAACAACGAUCUCGAAAGUCUAUGUUAAUCAGUCAGCUGCAAAGAAGAGUAAAGAAACUACUGUCAAGAAUGUGGAGACAACACAAGACAAAGGGUCUAUUAAACUAACAAUCAAGGCACAUGAUCAAGGUCACAAGUCUCAAAAUACUACUGCAGUGAAAUCCCAUGCUGCCACAGACACAAAUUCAUCACCUGGUACCGCGAAAUCUGACCUCAGACCUCGCAGGAAAUGGAGUACCCCAGAAAGAAAAAACUCUUCAGAAGUAAAAGAGUCAUUGGGAAUAUACGGUAGUUGUCAAUCUAUAUAAUCUAGGAGUAUAAAAAAGUUCGGGAAAUCAGUAAUUAUAAUUAGUUGAAUGAGGGCAAUUUCUUUCAUUUGAGCUUUAAUAAAUGAGAUUAUGAGAAAAGCUACAAUAUGCAAGUAAAAUAUUGUAACAUUUCACAUGUCUGUGAUUCAAACAUAGAAAUAUAUAUUGGUAAUCA